CGCUCUGGCCGGGCCCAGAGAAGCCUCGGCCGCCUCGGGCUGGGCGGACCUGACGGCGUUCUCUCCGACCCUGUCCCGCCCCAUCCCGUCCGUCCUGCGCCGUUCAGCUCUGUCUCGUCCCGUCCCGCAUGGCCGCGAUCUCUCGGGCACCCGCGGGCCGAGGGCAGGGCCACAGCCACGUACCCCGCAGGAGCAGCACCCGUGGUGAGCUCACGGCGGUGGACACGGAGCUGGAGAGCGCUGGAAGGGCUCCGUCCCAGCACGGCAGGUUCCUGAAGGUGUGCGAUGGAAACGCUGGUGGGACGCAGCGGGGCCAGAGGCCGGGAGGCGCCCUGAGGGCAGGGAGCGGCCGUGCAGCCCUGAGCGCUCCGCGCAGCGCCGCCCGCACGCGGCUAAGCUCCGUCCUGGACAAAGUGGCACGACUGGAAAGCAAAGUCAUGGGUCAAAAAAAGCACCUGGAAUUGCAGAACACUGACCCGGGCCUGAAGCCUUUGGCUCAGGAGUGCACCUCGUCUGCCUCUGGGCACGAAGGUGGUGCCAGGGGCAGGAAGUACUGGAAGAGUUACGGUAGCACCAGUGGGAACGGGAGCCGCAGGGAUGCCUGUCCUGAGGGAGAGGAGAGCAUGCAAAGCCCUAAAAGGAGUGUUAUGCUUAAACAACGGCUUGAUCUGGAUAGUGAUGAAGAGGAAAUGAGAGAAUUGAUGGAGAGCUCUUUGGAGUUUUCCAGUGGACGUGGGAAUCAGAAGGUUCUGAGCAAGACUCCAGUUCCAUCAGGAAAGGCUCCUCCACCUCGUAAGGAAGUUUCACCAGCAGAGUUAUCUAAAGCAUCUUCUUUUCACAACAAAGACUCAGAGAAAAGUGUGUUUGGUAGAGUUAAUUCACCAGCCCCUUUACCUACCAGCAGCAACCUGUCAGGACAUACCAUGAGAUCUCAGUUGCUGUCAUCUUCCAUGAAAGACAACACUGUAAAGAGUGCUCUGCCUAAAGCAAGCUACACCAAGCAAAUCCAAGAAUCCCUUGAAAGUGACAGAAGUGAAAUAAAGUCAUUAGAUGAAUUAUUUUCUGAAGGAGCUGAUGCAGAAGAUCUAUCCAGCAGCAGCUUGAAAUACUUCGGACUGAAUAUCCUGAGCCUUGAUGAUUUGGCACCAGAUACUACCAGUAAGGCAGAAGAAUUAAAGCAGAAAGAAAAAGACAUUCCGUUUACUCAAGAAUCAAAGAAAUAUGUGGAAAAAGAUACAUUGCAGGUGGAAGAGGACCAGGCUGCUCUAAAGUUGACCAGUGCAAUAACUGUUGUGAGUGAUUCUUCUGAAGAAGAGGUUGAAAAAUGUGUCUCUGAAGCUGAAAUCUCUGAACAUUUAAGUGGAGUUUCCUCAAAUUUCCCUCCACACAAACAGGAUUAUCUCAAUCAGAAUGAGAGUACUGUUAAUUCAGAAUAUUCUGAAGACUUUGAAAGGUCUCUGUCUACAACAGACAGGCAAUCUGGAGAGGGACAUGCUGAGAGCUGCAGUUCUGGAGCACACCCAUCUUCGGGGUCGUGCCCGUUGGUCACGCCAGGGCACCGAGUGACCGUCACAGAAACCGCGGUGCAGACAGCAGAGCCUCCCUUCACCUACUGCUGGGCCAGGGGCAGUAAUUCUGAUGCUAUCCUAUGCACAGCAAACCCCGCUCUGGGCACCAGCUACAUCGAUCCAGUGCCAAUUGCCAGUCACGUGAUCAGCAUGGAUGCAGUAGAAGCCCUGACCGCGUACAGCCCCUCGGUUCUCGUCUUACACGCCAUGUGCAAGCAGCACCUGAUGCUGACCCAGCAGUUUGUGGAGAGCAUUCACCACCUUCACACAGCCCUUGUGGAGUCACUGGAGCAUGAGAAGUUCCACUACCAUACCCUGGAAGAGGCUAAAGAGUACAUCAAGAAUCACAAAUCCCCACCUCUAACAAUUGAGCAAGCACUUGAAGAAAUUCGGAGAGCCCAGGAGAAAUAACUGCUUGGACAGCUACUGAACUUUAAGUGACAUUUAUAUUCACAGCUCUAAGGCUGAAAACAAGAAACUUUCCCAAGUUGCAGAGAUAAAAGGUUAAAAACUGUA